AAUGAAAGGAAAUAAGUAGUGGGAAGAGAGGAGCAAGAAACGAAUGAAUAGAGCAAAAGCAAAAGAAAAAGGUAGCAAAUGGGGAUGAUUCAUGCUGGCGGGCAAACCAUCAGAUAGACAGAGGAAUGUAAACUGACCAAUGAGUAGAUGCGAAGUUAGUCACACACAUAUUCAAAUAGACACAGGAAACAGGAAAUAUGGUCACAUUAUGGCCAUGACCGUCGGUCAGAAACAUAACGGCAUGAGUUCUUGAUGGUUGACAUAACUGGUGGUCACAGGAUAGAGUCAAGCAGCCAGAGAGGCACGUACACUGUGACUCAAAAAGAUAAUUACGUGGUCAAAGGAUAGACAUGAAAGUCUGGUACAUUUCUAACCCCCUCCAGCCGCCCACCCCCAAGAGUUUCUCGUGUGUUACCUUCAGGCUGUUUGUCUCAUGAGGCUCAUUAAAAUGAGGCAAGAUGACACCUUUUGCCGUGAGGAGGGACACAUCAGUACCAAUACUGGCCCCUCUUACAACUGUUAUUUGGUAUCUUAUAGCUGAACUAUCCCUCAUGCAGUUGUUUCAGAGUCCAUUGCAGCUAAACUACCCAUGAUGCAGCGGUGAUUCUGUAUAUUACAGCAGAACUCCCUCACACAAGGUUGUUCUUCUGUCCAUAUCAACCUGUAGCAGCCAUUGACAGAAAACCUUUGGGACAAUCUUCUCUCUUGCGGUUCAUUUCAAAGCUGUUUUCUGAUCGAUGCGCGAGAUCGUUUUAACUCAGACUGCUCUGUGAUGUCUGACAAUCAGACAUUAGGAUUUCAGUCCUAGUCUGUGUAAACACAGUCGUCAUAUCCCCUUAUAACUCUCUGAGGCCGAUCAUGGGUUUGUAUAUUAUGUGAACACACAUGACAGACCCGAGGUCUGGACGGGGGAAACACAUAAUGGUCACUUACAAAAACAGUGCUUGUGGAGUAGUGUGGAAAAAAAAGGAAGCUGAAAGACGAGGAAUAUUUGAUGUGAUAUAAAUAAGAUUUCACACCAAAAUUCUUUUACAUCUUCUAACCUAAACAUGCCUAUAAUGUGUUAUGUUAGUCCUGUUGUUAGAAUAAUAACAAAAUAGUAAAUCUGAAACAAAUCUCUACAUAUUUUGAAUUUAAAUUGGUUCCAAGGUCCAGAAGCCAUCUAUACUGGUCACUGGUAACCCUAAAGAUGUUUUGUUUGUUUUUAACUACAUACACAGUGGGAAAAGACUGGGAGUAUUUCGUCUCUUACAAAGAACUUGUGUUAAAAAUAUAAAUAGUACAACAUUCAGCUUUAAAAAAGAAAAAAAAAAAUCAAGUGAAACAGAAAAGACAAUAAAAGACCAGUUAAAUCAAAAUUCAAAAAUAAAGUAUCAAAGUUUCUGAAAAACGCUUUAAAAUUGUAUAACGUAUACAUUACAACACAAGUAUCGUCAGUAUUGUCAUCAUAAAGCUACUGACUUUCUUAACAUUAUGCAAUGGAGGAAGAAAACAAAUUCCUCCUGCAAAAACCAGCCCAAAAAAAAAAAAAAAAAAAAAAAAAAAACUACAGGGAAUGAAUUGUAUGGCCGGAAUCUGUGUGCUGUGCUGUUUUGUUUUUUGUGCCUGGUGAGGAUACUUGUGUAUUUACGGUUUCCUGGAGGAAACUGAGGCCCCAGUGUGUGCUCUGCGCGCGUGUCAGACGGCAAGAGAGAACAAGCGUGCAAACAUGUGAGUAAGUCUGUGAGUAUGCAACGUGUUCAGCAGCUGAACUGUGUCCUGAACCCUUCGGCUCUCAGAAGAUGACAAUUCUCUCCAAAUCUGAGACAAAAAGAGAGACGGUCCUCGUUUUUCUGCUCUCAUUGUCGAUCCAUUGGUUUGUUCUUUUAAUUUAGUUCUUUUCUUUCCUUUCUUCUGGAUACUUGACCCGUAGGAUGCGACGUUUCGGGAUCCCUCAGGAGUUUGGACCUCUCUUUUUAAAAAUUUGGACGCAGCACUUGUGUUCAGCUUUUGUUUAGACGUGUUUCCCUGCUGUUUUUUUCCUCCCCUCUCAUGGUAUUUCCUGCUUUUAUGUUGUUCUGAUCACAUCCUAGCGUCAGGAUGAGUGUGCUCCGCUGGCACCGGCUCUCUGCGCUCUGGAAGAGCUGGAUUUUCAACCAGGAGCCAGCAGAAGAGCAGGGCCAGAUCUCAGAAGCUCCAGAUCAUGAAGCAGAGCCACAGAAAAAGGAAGGGAACACAUUUAAAGAUCACUGCUUAGACUCUCAGAACUUGACGGAACUUAAGACCCAGAAUUUGGAUUAUAAGGACCAGAAAUCACAAAUUGAGACCCAGGACUUGGAAUUUACAAAUCUGAACUUGGUUCCUAGGAACUCCGAACUACUAGAAUGCAGCCUCCCUGAGUCAUGUCCACAGGUGUCAAACUGUGAGGAUCAGUCUUCCAGCUGUCCCCACACACCUGAAGGCUGUGUCUGCGAAUCCCGUAGAAUCUGCUAUUCUGAGGAGGGUGUUGACUGUGUAUUACAGGUGGAUAACAGCAGCGAGGGGGACGACAGUUUUCUCCAGAGAGAGGGAUCCCAGCGGAGGUCCAGACGGCGCUUCAGGAGGGUCAACCCCAGGGGAGAGCGGGAACUUAUCACAGACGGCCAAGAGCCCGGCGGGUACAACGCGGAUUAUGUCAACAACCAGCUUCCUGCUGACCUCAAUAAGAUGCACCUAACAGACCACGCCCACCAGCAGGUGAUGCACAUGCCUCCCAGCCAAUCAGGAUGCAGCAUCGCCAGCGACUCUGGGAGCAGCAGUCUAUCAGAUAUUUAUCAGGCCACAGAGAGUGAGCUGGGAGAUGUGGACCUGUCUGGACUUCCAGAGGCUGCGGUGGACAGCGAGGAAGAGGAAGAGGAGGAUGAGGACCUGGAGAGAGCUUCGGACACUCUUCUGGGCCGAGAUCUGGUCCGAGAGUGUCUGGAAAAAGACCCAGCCGACCGCAACGAUGACGACAUUGAGCAAUUACUGGAGUUCAUGCACCAGCUGCCUGCCUUCGCCAACAUGACCAUGUCUGUGAGGAGGGACUUGUGUAGCGUUAUGGUGUUUGAGGUGGUGGAGCAGGCUGGCACAGUCAUACUGCACGACAAGCAGGAGCUGGACCUCUGGUAUGUUAUCCUGAAUGGGGCAGUUGAAAUCAGCCACCCAGACGGGAGAGCGGAGAGUCUUUGUAUGGGCAACAGCUUCGGGAUCUCACCCUCACUGGACAAACAGUACAUGAACGGAGAGGUUCGCACCAAGGGGGACGACUGUCAGUUCGUCUGCAUCGCCCAGGAGGACUACUGGCGCAUCCUCAACCAUGUGGAGAAGAACACGCACAAGGUGGAGGAAGAGGGGGAGAUUGUGAUGGUGAAGGAGCACCGCGAGCUUGACCGCAGCGGGACCAGAAAGGGACACAUUGUCAUCAAGGGAACUCCGGAGCGCCUGAUCAUGCACCUGGUGGAGGAACCAUCGGUGGUGGACCCCACCUACAUCGAAGACUUCCUGCUGACCUACAGGACCUUCCUGUCAAGUCCCAUGGAGGUCGGCAAGAAACUGCUGGAGUGGUUCCAGGUGGACAGCCUACGGGACACUGUUACAAGAAUAGUGUUGCUGUGGGUCAACAACCACUUCAAUGACUUUGAAGGUGACACAGCUAUGACACGCUUUCUGGAGGACUUUGAGAAACAUCUAGAAGCAACAAAAAUGAAGGGCCAUUUGCGGCUGCUGAACAUAGCAUGUGCAGCCAAGGCAAAGUGGAGACAGAUCACUCUGCAGAAGGCAUCCAGGGAGUCACCGCUCUACUUCAGCGUGCAGGGCGGCAGCGAGAGAGGAUUCGGUAUCUUUGUGGAGUCGGUGGAGGAAGGGAGCAAGGCUGCAGAGGCCGGACUCAAACGGGGAGAUCAGAUCAUGGAGAUCAAUGGUCAGAACUUUGAGAACAUCUCCUUCUCCAAAGCUGUUGACAUCCUGAGAAACAACACACAUCUCUCUCUCACAGUCAAAACAAACAUAUUUGUCUUCAAAGAGCUCCUUAGCAGGAUUGUGCACGAGAAGAAGAACGGCGGCCCUCACAUUCCCAAGAUCCAGGAGAAAAAAGGCAAUCGUUUCUCUAUCCCCGACCUUCCUGGAGACAUGGAGUUUCCUACAGACCACAAGGCCACCAGGAAAAUGAAGGCCAACACUGUAUCAGGAGGACGCAACAAGAUCAGGAAGAUGCUAGAGAAGACGCGCUUCAGUAUACUGCCACCCAAACCAUUCAGUGAUGGCGGCAUGGGUCAGUCUCAGGAUGACAGCAUUGUGGGUACCAAGCAGUGUCGUCACAGCGUGGCAAUCAUGCCCAUCCCCGGCAACCUGUCAUCCAGCAGCCCUGACCUGCUGCAGCCGGCCACCAGCGUCCUCGACUUCUCCAACCCCGCAGCCCUGGGAUUGUACUACAUCCCGGACCAGGUGAUUCGGGUGUUCAAGGCCGACCAGCAGAGCUGCUACAUCAUUAUCAGUAAGGACACUACUGCCAAGGAUGUGGUCACCCACACCGUCAAUGAGUUCGGUCUCCUCGCGGCACCCGAGACCUACUCCCUGUGUGAGGUAUCAGUUAGCCCUGAGGGAGUCAUAAAACAGCGUCGCCUGCCCGACCAGCUCUCCAAACUGGCUGAUCGCAUCCAGCUCAACGGCAGGUACUACCUGAAGAACAACAUGGAGACGGAGACAUUGUGUUCAGAUGAGGACGCCCAGGACCUCCUAAGGGAGAGUCAGAUCUCUCUGCUGCAGCUCAGCACCAUGGAGGUCGCUGCCCAGCUCUCCAUGAGAGACUUUGAGCUUUUUAGGAACAUCGAGUCCACAGAGUAUGUGGAUGACUUGUUUAAACUGGACUCCUCAGUGGGAAGUGGUAAUUUGAAACAGUUUGAGGAGGUGAUAAACCAGGAGACCUUCUGGGUUGCCACAGAGAUCCUCAAGGAACCCAAUGCCCUGAAGAGGAUGAAGACCAUCAAACACUUCAUUAAGAUCGCCCUGCACUGCAGAGAGUGCAAGAACUUUAACUCCAUGUUUGCUAUUAUCAGCGGUCUGAACUUGGCACCCGUGGCUCGGCUGCGGAGCUCGUGGGAGAAGUUGCCCAGUAAGUACGAGAAGCUGUUCGGGGACCUGCAGGACGUCUUCGACCCGUCCAGGAACAUGGCCAAGUAUCGCAACAUCCUGAGCAGCCAGAGCAUGCAGCCGCCCAUCAUCCCACUGUUCCCAGUGGUCAAGAAAGACCUUACAUUUUUACAUGAAGGAAAUGAUUCCAGUGUAGACGGUCUUGUGAACUUUGAGAAGCUGAGGAUGAUCGCCAAGGAGAUCAGACACGUGGUGCGGAUGACCUCCGCCAACAUGGACCCUGCUCUCAUGUUCAGACAGAGGAAGAAGAGGUGGAAGAGUUUAGGGUCUUUGAGUCAAGGCAGCACCAACUCCAACAUGCUGGACGUGCAGGGCGGUGCCCAUAAGAAGCGAGUGCGUCGCAGCUCGCUCCUCAAUGCUAAGAAGCUGUACGAGGACGCUCAGAUGGCCAGAAAGGUGAAGCAGUACCUGUCUAACCUGACGGUGGAGACGGACGAGGAGAAACACCAAAUGAUGUCCCUGCAGUGUGAGCCGGCCUACAGCACCUUGUCAAAGAACUUGAGUGAGAGGCGAUCCACCAAGUCGGACAUGUCUCCGGUGUCCCUGCGGUCGGCUCUGCCCUCUGGGAAAACGCAGAACAGGGUGUCACAAGUCCUUCAAGUCCAGGUCCCACUGAACCCCCUACGAAAGAAGAGUACUGCCAAGGACAUAGGCACACCUAACUCCAAUUCUCCCCAGGUGGUAAAGAAACCACCGGUGAACUCAUCGGAGGAGUGGAGCACCAAGAGACCAUCUGAUGACACCGUCUCCACCAUCUCCUCCCUUCACUCCAGCCCCACGGUGUCGCCACAGGGCUCUCCACGUAAAGUGGGAGGUGUGGCCAAGUCCCAGAACUCCAGCCAGAUGAACUUGUCGGGAUCUUCGUCGUCACUGACCAGCGACGCCAGCACAAAGGCCGGCACCGUCAGCUUGCGCAGCUACGGCAUAGGUUACACCCUCCUACCACCCGGCAAAGCAGACAACCUGUCGGACUCCAGUCACAGCGAGAUCUCCUCCCGCUCCAGUAUCUGUUCAGUUGACUCAGUGCCAGCUACCGGGCCCGAAGACCGGUGUAACAGCAGCAACAGGACCUGCACCACUACUGCUACUAUUACUGCUACAACUACUACUACAGUGGCUGCUGCAGUUGUUGAGAGCACAGCAACAACACAUGCACACUUAAAUGCUGAUUACAACCAGCCCAGCACAAGUUCUUCAUCAGUAGCGCGAGGACAUGUGACGCGAGCCUCCACCUUCACCGCCUCCAUCUCGACAGAGGAGCUGACCCCAGACCACACCUCUCUGGACUCCGUAGCCGACAGCGGCCGCGGCAGUUGGACGUCCUGCUCCUCCAACUCCCACGACUCCUUCCAGAGCCUCCCCACCUCUUCCUGUCGGCCCUGGGACCAUGGCAUCCACGGGCACCCGCUUUCUCUCCCGCACACGCACCUGGGUGCCUUCAAGCACACACAGCUGGCCAGGCCGAUAGCUGAGGUUGAGGCCGCAGGUCCCGCGUGGGCGAACGAGGGCGCCGCCAAGCAGCACUCCAGAGACUCAACCUCAGAGCUGGCCAAUCAGUCGCGGCAGAGCUGGGCAUCAUCCAGCUCGCUGUCGGACACCUACGAGGGGAAUUACGGGACGAUAAAACGGCGAAACACUUCGGAGCACCCCUCCUCGCCAGCCAACGAGGAAGGAGGGCAAAGCACAGACCCUGCCUACAAAACGGUGACAUCAAGCACAGAGAAAGGCCUGAUAGUGUAUUGUGUCACCUCCCCCGCCAAGGAUGAGCGUUACCGAGCUCCCCCUCCCACCCCUCCAGGCUACCAGGGUCUGGCUCUGGGGGAUCUGGGCCUCACAGACGGAGUAGUAGGUGGGCCAGGAGGUCUCCUCCCCAGGCCUCCUCACCUCAAACCUCCAGACUACAGCGUGGCCCUGCAGAGGAGCAAACUCCUGCAGAGCCCCGGAGCAGCCGGCAGUUUAGCUGAGGCACGGAGGUUGGCCGGUAACCAUCACCUUCACCAUCAAGAGGCCCGGACAGCUGGCUCCACGCAGGGCUACUCCAGACCUCCCAGCAUCUGCCUCCAACCACAGGAGCUGGCUGACAGUGAGGAUGAUGAACAGGUGUCAGCGGUGUAAAGACGGUGGCGUCACGUUCUCACACACACACAUAUUCUCACACACGGACCAGGUUGUGUUGAUCAGGCUUUGGACUAAGCUAGCAGCCUGCCAUCACUACGUGUCAGAGCACAUUCACCAAGCCCUGUCCCACAGCCCUGUGUGACAACACCACGGACCAUAAUGCACCUCUGGACCAGACCAGUGGGCGAUAUAACCCCUCUCCACCUCCCAGGACUCGUACAAUCGUCUCUUUUUAAACUCAUUUCACAAAUGAAAGAAGAAAAGUAAGGUUUUAGAUACUUUGUAGAAACUCUUGAACAAAGUGGUGUGAUGGAGUCACAUCAAUGCAGAUGGACGUCUAAAAACAAAAGACGAAUAAAAGAAGGAACGAGUGACAAUGACGAUGCCUCAUAAGGAGUCAGCGUCCUUGGAAACAGACCACCAUGUACCUCCAUUUUGCUCUCCAAGCUCUCUUGUCUAAAAGGUGUUUCCCAUUGUUUUUCACAGUUUUAACAUGUUGUACAGGGAUUUUUCUUUUUCUUUGUAAAAAGUUUUUUCUUCUUCUUUUCAUUUGCAUCUCUGGGCUUUGCGAAGUUUUUAUGUGAGAAUCGUGAGGAGGAGCAGACAAAGGGAUAUAAAGUUGUAGUCAGUAGUGUAUUACAACGAAAUGUAGCUAUUGGGGAUUAACUUUGUUUUGUUUUGCUGUUUUUGCUAGUAGUUGGCUGUCAGCUCGAAAUAGGAUGAAUGUAGACGCAUAUGAGACAAGAAAAAAAAUAAAAUAAAAUUUUGAGAUUUAUGGGCCUAUAUCAAACCCUGGUACUGAUGAUGUAAAGUUACGUGAAUAACAUCAGUUCCAAUGCACAGAAAACAGCUACAGAACCAACUUUAUUUUCCCAAUACUUACACUGACUAUAUUUGAGGUCAGGAAAAGCCCUCAGGAGCCACAACGAGCCGAUUGACAUAUUUUCCAUUUCUUCUUUGGGAGGUGAAAAUAGAGAUAUUAAACUCCUUAACUAACAGAGAGCACGUCUUUCUGUCUGUGUUUAGCACUUAUUGUACUUUGUUGAGCUUUAUUGAAAAAGAGACAAACAGUAUCUCUCAAGCAGUUUUGUGUCUUCGUGUCUCGCUCUCCGCCAACCGGCCACCUCUGUUAUUGCUCGUUCAGUCUGAUGCGAGGUACUUUAGUGGCAUGCUGCCUCCUGGAUGUUCUAUAAAAGCUGUAUUGUAACUCGUUUUUAAUGAGCUGAAGAACAAAUGCCUCGCUGCUUCCUGUAGAGUAAAGCGCGUCGCUAUUUUAUUGCAGCAGCUAUAAUAAAACGAUAAAUUAGCACUGUGUGGCCACACAACGUGCAUGCGUAUACACUCACACACACCAAAAUCUUAGUUGGUGUGCAUAAAGACAGUGUUUACACCAAUGCUUACACAUUUUGUUUACAGUGUUUAUUAGACUAGUUGUCUGUUGAAUUACAAGCUGAAAUGUUAAAGUAUGAUGCUCCAGGUUCAUUUGACCUUGUAAAUUUGUUUAUAAAGCAGCAGGAAUAUGCAGAUGCAGCAUAAACUUAGGCCAUGUGCUCACAGUGUACCUCUCUCAUCUCUUUUUUUUUUUGCUUCUUAUUUAAAAAAAAAAACGAGCAACAAAACAAAUCAGCAGAUAAUGUAUUUUAAUGCCCGGCUUGCAUCUCCAUUCCAUGUUGAUAGUACAUUUUGUAGAAUAUUUAAAGGAUGUGCUUGAAAAUUGUUUAUUUGUGUUGAAAACAGAAGCAAAUUUGUACAUUCUGAGUAAUGUUUUGGAAAAAGGAAACUUUUUUAUUUGUGUUUAUCUGCAGCGCAGUGGGGGUGUAACUGGAAUUAGACGUUCUUUUCCUUCUGCUGUCUGUCUCGCGCUCUGUGAUGCUUCUUUUGUAUUUGUUUUGCCACACAAAGACUUGAAAUGAUUAUUGCUAAUAUAUACAUGGCAUAUAUAUGAAUUUAUACAUAUAUAUUUUUGUUGUUUUUUUUUGCCAUAAAUUAAUGUUAACUGAUCAUGUAUAGAUGAGAGAAGAGAGUCCUCUAUAAAUGCUAUUUUUGAAUAUUUUGUUAUAACAAGGCUGUGAUUGCCCUGCGUCUGUGUUCGGGCAGGAGUCUUUUGAGGAACUUCUGUUAGUUCUUAUCAUUGUUCAUUGACUUAUUGUUUCUCCCCACACACUCACUGUUGUUGGUGCCAUUUCCGAUCGGUCUAUAAGUGAAAUUGCUGCUGUGGUUUGGGAUAUGAUUCUGAGUGUGCUUGAGUGUGUGUCUGUGUGUGUGUGUGUGUGUGUGUUUUUGUGUGUUGUGGAAUUACAUUUGUAAGGUUGGGAUCAACAUAGCAUUUCUUUAAAAAAAAAAAAAAAAUUGAUUCCGCCUGGGCGCGCAGCACAUAAGGAAAGGCUCAGCUGUCAUUUUCAGCGAAAGCCUGUCUUACUUUGCAGCUUUGAUUGCUCUCGCCUGCAGAAAGGUGAGCCCCUUGUGGGUCUCUUUGCUGUUGGUUUCAUGGUGCAUUGCAAAUUCAUUCAGACUCAGAUUGGUUGAUUGAACUGAGUUUUUUGAUGCUAUUAUAUCCCUGUCUGUUUGAAUUAAACAGCCGCAAUGCCAUGUCUAGUAUAGUCUCUCUGUUUCCCUCUCUGCCGCUUUCUCAGCCCUGUCACCUCAGCAGGACUUUCAGCUUUCAACUCUCCUCCUUCACUGUACUCGUCCAAUGGCUUUCACUCCAUUGCUGAAGGGAUUUUAUGAAUUAUGUGUCCACUGUGACCCUCACCGUAGUUCCUUUUUUAAAACAAUCACAAUAGUCGAAACUUUGAAACAGACUGAGAGUCAGAAACUGACACUUCCUUUUUGUUUUUGCACAACUGUAUUACUCAGAUUCUAUACCACAAAUCAGUAUUAAUGUUCUUCAUAGGUUUAAAAAAAUUGUGGGAUAUGCUACUUCAUUAGUUGACCCAUUCAUGAAUGGCAUGGAGUUUAGUCAGAAAUCAGAAGAAACUGCUCUGCAUUAUUAGCUGCUUUCAAAUGUUGGAUUUAGAGUUAAACACCAGGCAGCAGUUUUUUUUUUGUUUUUUUUUUUCUUUGUGUGUGUGUUUUGAACUUUCCAACGACAGUUUUUUUUCUUUCGGGGCUAAAUUUCAUUCUGUAGUAUUCCUCCUUCCUACAUACAGUUGGUAUGUUUUCGUGCAGGGUCUGGCAAUGAGCAGCUCCUGACACUGUGAACACAACAUGUCAGUGCUUUUAACGGCAUGAACUGGAGAAGACAAAAAUCUCACCUCCCUCUGCUGCUUGAUGAAAAUGUCCCUUCUGUCUGACUGUAAUUUAGCCCCCGGCCCCGUGUCCUGCCGUGUUACCUGGAAUGCAAUAAGAGAGAUGUGAAUGUGUUUUAUGUAGACGUCUUUUGGCAUUACAGCAGAAAUGCACAACAAUAAGCUUAAAUGUGGUGAGUGUGCUGCACAAUCUGAACAAAGAGGUAUUAACUUGGUCUGUGGCUUAAAGUUUGCUUUUGUCUCACACUUCUCAUAGCGGUUGUAACUUAUGUCUUUUAGAAAGACAACAUGAUUUUGCUCGUACGCUUUUUAUGUAUUUUUUACGAGUGAUUGUAAAUAGUUGGUAUAUUUUUGUUUAAGAGAAUGUUAAAAAAGGAAAAAAUACCUUUUAUUUCUCCAAGUCUACUGAUAUGAAUUUGGACAAUGAAUAAAAUAAUAAGCAGAA